AGUGGCUUCCUAAACUAUCUUGGUCACAAGUUCUCCUUAAAACAGGAAGCAUUUUUUAGCUCAUUCAGACCAGAAUCAAAGACUUCUCCAUGACCAACCUUGCCAGUUUCUGGACCAUGAGACACGGGUAUUUAAGACUGCUCCCAGUGCUGUGCACGGUGCUGAGUCUGUGUGGAGCUGCAGCCCAGAAGGCAGGAGGCUGUGCCAGGUGGUGUCCUCCGAACUCCAAGUGUCUCAGUGCCGACACCUGCCGCUGUGAUGCGGGAUUCAGUUCAGUCGAGGAGCUCAUCACCAGCCCUGACGGCAGCUGUGACGACAUCAACGAGUGUGCACCACCUUUGAGGACGUACUGUGGGAAGUUUGCGAACUGCGAGAACACAGAAGGGAGCUAUUACUGUGUGUGCAGCCCAGGAUAUGCACUCGAGUCUGGGGACAAAAUAUUCAGGAACGAGAGUGAGAACACGUGUCAAGACGUGAACGAAUGCACCUCCGGCCACCACAGCUGCCACAGCUCCACCCUUUGUCUCAACAAAGCCGGCGGGUACGAGUGCGGCUGCCGACGAGGAUGGAGGCCGUUCUUCAUCUGGGCAACCUUCUCUGGUCAAGUGCACACCCAGUGUGAAGACGUGGACGAGUGCCGCUCCGGACAGCACCAGUGCCACAGCUCCGCCGACUGCGUCAACACCGUGGGGUCCUACAGGUGCCGCUGCCCCCCGGGCUGGCGGCCGCUGCCGGGGAGGACCGCGUGCGCAGAGGUCGUCUUCCCCGCCUGGACGGCGCCCCCCGGAAUCCACAGCCCGGCUCUGGCCGCCUUCUUGGAGGAGAUGCAGAAUCUGACCAGAGACUUCCAGCCACACACAGCCCGGGACACAGCGGACGCCAUCCGGAGUGUCCUGGAGAGUCUGGAUGAGCUGCUGGAGACCCCUGGGGACCUGCAGACCCUGCCUCGCUCACAGCAGCACUGUGUGGCCACUCAGCUGCUCCUGGACCUGGAAAACACACUGAGAGUCCUGGGCCAGACCCUGCCGGAGGGGUCACUCACCUUCCUCGGUCCUGCAGACACAGAAGUGACGCUGGAGUUGCAGGUUCCAGGCGACAGGCAAGUCACCUUGAGUCAGAAUCAAACAAAGAUGCAGCUGACCUGGGACCUGGCCCAGAAGCCCGGUCACCCAGGCCCCGCCAUGGUGGGCCUCAUCUCCAUUCCCAAGAUGGGCAAGCUGCUGGCUGAGGCUCCGCUGGUCCUGGAGCCAGCGCAGGAGGCAACUCCUGAGACAAACUGGGGCCCACACCUGACACCAGUCCUGCUCUCCGACGUCAUCACAGCCUUCCUGAGCCACCGGGACACGCAGAACCUCAGCUCCCCGGUGACCUUCACCUUCUCCCACCGUCCGGUGAGCGCUGGGCCGCGGCGUGGGGUGCUCUGUGUGUCGUGGCUUGGUGGCCGGGGUGAGUAUGGACACUGGGUCACCACGGGCUGCGAGACGGUGGACACCGGAGACUCCAGCACCACCUGCAGCUGCUCGCACCUGAGCAGCUUUGCCGUGCUCAUGGCCCACGAUGGCAGGCAGGAGGCCGACCCCGCCCUGGCCCUCAUCACCCAAGUGGGGCUCGGCCUCUCCCUGCUCUGCCUCCUCCUGGCGGCCCUCACCUUCCUCCUGUGCAGGGCCAUCCGCAACCUCAGCACCACCCUGCACCUGCAGCUCUCCAUCUGCCUCUUCCUCGCCCACCUCCUCUUCCUCACCGCCAUCCACCGCACCGAGCCCAAGGUGCUCUGCGCCGUCAUCGCCGGCGCCCUGCACUACCUCUACCUGGCCGCCUUCACCUGGAUGCUGCUGGAGGGGCUGCACCUGCUCCUCGCCGCCCGCAACCUGACGGUGCUGCACUACUCCGCCAGGAGCAGAGGCUUCCGAGCGCUCAUGUUCCCCGUGGGCUACGGGCUCCCCGCUGUCACGGUGGCCGUGGCCGCGGCGGCCCGGCCUCGGCUCUACGGCACGCCUGCCCGCUGCUGGCUGAACACAGAGAAGGGCUUCGUGUGGGCUUUCCUCGGCCCGGUCUGCACCAUCAUCUCUAUCAACAUGGUGUGCUUUCUGCUGACCGUGUGGGCGGUGAAGAGCAGGCUCUCCACCCUCAGCCGGGACGUGUCCACCCUCCGGGACACCAGGAUGCUGGCAUUUAAAGGAGUCGCCCAGCUCUUUAUCCUGGGCUGCACGUGGAUCCUGGGCGUCCUGCAGGUGGGCGCGGCGGCGCGGGUCCUGGCGUACCUGUUCACCAUCGCCAACAGCCUGCAGGGCGUCUUCCUCUUCCUGGUCUACUGCCUGCUCAGCCAGCAGGUGCGGGAUCAAUACCGCAGAUGGUUCCGAAGGACCGGGAAGUGGACAGAGGAACCCGCGUCCUACACCCUGUCCAGCCAGGUGGCGCCCGAGGCCGCCCGGCCCGCCCAGGCCGAGUACGUGAGAGGCGCCGUGAGGUCACACCUCCCGCGCGCGCGGGGCAGGCCCGCCAAUCCUAGAGCUCUCCCGGGCUGCGCGACCCUCGCGGGGUCCUCUCGGAGCUCUCGGUCCCCCGCGCUUCCCGGGCCGGGAGCCUCGGCCCUCGCGGGGCGCUCCCACCGCAGCGGCACCGAGCGCGGGCCGCCGUCCCCGGCGGGGGAUCGGCACCGAGCCGAGCGCGGGACGCCUUCCCCGGCGGGGGAUCGGCACCGAGCCGAGCGCGGGACGCCUUCCCCGGCGGGAUCGGCACCGAGCCGAGCGCGGGACGCCUUCCCCGGCGGGGGAUCGGCACCGAGCCGAGCGCGGGACGCCUUCCCCGAGCGCGGGACGCCUUCCCCGAGCGCGGGACGCCUUCCCCGGCGGGGGAUCGGCACCGAGCGCGGGACGCCUUCCCCGGCGGGGGAUCGGCACCGAGCCGAGCGCGGGACGCCUUCCCCGGCGGGGGAUCGGCACCGAGCCGAGCGCGGGACGCCUUCCCCGGCGGGGGAUCGGCACCGAGCGCUGGACGCCUUCCCCGGCGGGGGAUCGGCACCAAGCCAGGGACGCCUUCCCCGGCGGGGGAUCGGCACCGAGCGCGGGACGCCUUCCCCGGCGGGGGAUCGGCACCGAGCGCGGGACGCCUGGCCCACCCUGCGGUGCUCUGACAGCGCCCCCACGCAGUGCCUGCAUUCGACACUCACUGCCCUGCCACGAACCAUCGGUACCCCAGUUCCUACCUCCACACGUGUGGACGUCCUCUCCUACCCCAGCACAGCACGUGCACCCUGA